UUAACUAAUGAAAUAUUAUUAGUCAAUAAUAAUAAUAAAUUUAGUACAAAAUGUUUAUUAAAUGCUACAAAUAUACGGCAAUUAUAUUAUAAUAACCGAUACUUAUCAUCAAAUGUCUCGUCGAUACCGAUGUUUGAGACAUCAUCAUUGCCAUCACCGGCGGUGACCACUAAUACUGUCGGCGGCGGCGGCGAUAAUGUCAACAACACCGGUGAAGAUAAGCCACAAUUUCCCGGUUCCCGGUCUAGUUGGACACAGACUCUCGAUUUUAUAUUACCCGAGGAUUUUGAAGGUAUUCCCGUCUAUCGGGUAAUGAAUCGUAAUGGUAGUGUCAUCAGUCCGUCAGAGGAUCCCAAUCUAAGCCAAGAGAUGGUCACUAAGAUAUAUAAAGGGAUGACAAUAUUGAAUUCAAUGGACAGAGUAUUAUAUGAAUCCCAACGACAGGGACGGAUCUCCUUUUAUAUGACAAACUAUGGCGAAGAGGGCACCCAUUUUGGUUCGGCCGCCGCUAUCAAUGAUGACGACCUCGUGUUUGGACAGUACAGAGAAGCAGGUGUCUUAAUGUGGAGAGGGUUUAAAUUGGAAAAAUUUAUGGCCCAAUGCUAUGGCAAUUGCGAUGAUCUGGAAAAAGGUCGUCAAAUGCCCGUCCAUUACGGCAGUCGCGAUCAUUAUUUUGUUUCCAUAUCGUCACCGUUGGCCACACAGAUGUCGCAGGCGGUGGGCGCCGCCUAUGCCCUGAAACGCGAAGGAAAGGGCCGGUGCGCCAUCUGUUACUUCGGUGAGGGCGCCGCCUCUGAAGGUGACGCUCAGGCGGCUCUCAACUUUGCCGCUACUCUUAACUGUCCCAUUAUAUUCUUCUGUCGUAAUAAUGGUUACGCCAUAUCAACGCCAACUCAUGAACAAUACAGAGGUGACGGCAUAGCAUCUCGUGGUCCUGCCUUUGGUAUACCGUCGGUAAGAGUCGAUGGCAACGACGUACUGGCCGUCUAUAAUGCUACCCGAUUGGCCCGUAGUAUAUGCGUCGGCGAAUCGCGACCCGUACUCAUCGAAGCCAUGACCUAUCGUAUUGGCCAUCACUCGACAUCGGAUGAUUCCAGUGCCUACCGGAGUGUCGACGAAGUUCAACAAUGGCAUCAAAAAGAUCAUCCGAUAUCGAGGACUCGUAAGUUUAUGGAACAAAAAGAUUGGUGGGAUGAGGACCGGGAAAAACAAUGGAAAGAGGAGGCAAAACGGCUGGUCAUGAAAGCGUUUGCCAGCGCCGAGAAACAGCUGAAACCCAAUUGGAUGGAAAUGUUUAACGAUGUCUAUCAUGAAAUGCCCGAACAUAUUGCCGAACAGGCAGAAGAUCUACGUAGACAUCUGGAAGUCUAUGGUGAUCACUAUCCUCUAAAUAUAUUCAAACAAUAAUAAUAAUAAUAAUAAUUGGAUUUAAC